GACGAUCCCAUCAUGGGGCGACAAAAGGCUGCAGCAGCGCAGACUGAGCUGCUGAGCAGCCAGACGCAAGUCACAGAUGGGCUAAGCGCAUUGCCGACAAUCUUUGACCAAGUACAGCAGUCUGUCGUCAAUCACCGCAAGAAUCUUAUUCUGCUGCAUGGCCUCUUUCUCAGAUGUUCUUCUUAUACCGAGAGCGAUGCGCACACGAAGCGGCCGAACGAGCAGGAAAUGAUUCAUCUGACCGGCGAGCGCUUGUUCCUAGUCGCAAUGCGCGACAUUGUCUCUCGACUGCUGCCAGUGGGCAAAGGUAGAGCAGUAGGCCCGGGUCAGAAGCAUGUCGAACGCGUACUGCGCUUCAUCGCCGGCUUCCUCGCGCUUGCCACACUUCGCGAACAAGAUUCAAAGCCUCAGGAAGACGAGGACGAGGAUCAGGACGGCCCAGCAAGCAGACUCGUCAACGGGCUCGUCAAAUACCUGUUGAGAGGCUUUGAGGCCAAGAAUAAAACUGUCAGGUGGCGCAGUGUACAGAUUGUCGCCCUCGUCUUGCGCGCCUUGCCCGACUUAGACGAGAAUCUGUUCAAGACCCUGCGUGAGAGCUUCUUGAUCCGUGCUCGAGACAAGGAAGCAAACGUACGCACACAAGCUGCUAUCGGGCUUGGCAAAUUGCGCUCGCUCGAUGACGAUGAGCCAGCACCAGUCGAGUCUACGCGAGCUUAUGACGCAAAGAGAAGCAAAGCGAAGAGCAGACCCGCAAUGUCAGCUUCUAGUUCGGCAUCGUCUAUUGCCCAGCCAGACACUCCCACUCAAGUCUUGCUUUCGCUCAUGCAAUUCGACCCCUCUGCCGAGGUGAGGCGAGCGGCCUUGUUGGCUAUGGAAGAGCCAGAUGAUAGGUCGCUGCCCGUUAUACUUGACCGCGUGCGAGAUAUCGACCCGACCAACAGACGGCUUCUUUUCCAGACAACGUUGGCGAUACCAACCGUUCCUCAACCCGCUUCGGGAAACCCGCUCGAUUCAGCACAGCUGACUAGCCCGAUCGAGCAAGAUGCGCCUUCGCCUGUCAAGGCUGCAGGUCCUGCCACUCCUGCGGUACAGCGAAGUCUUGGUCUGUGGGAUCAGAUGACGCGUGCACAGCGUACGGCAGUUCUCAAGAGCGGUCUCAACGAUCGCGAAGGCGCCGUCAAGCGUUCUGCAAUACGACUCGUUGGUCAUUGGGCGGGGUCAUCCGUCGAGAGCCUCCUUGCAAUGCUGGGAAGACUCGAGGUCGCAAAAGAAACCAAAGUCUGCGAGGGCGCUCUUCUAGCGGCGUUUGAAGCUCAUCCCGAAAUUCUCGAAAGCAUGACUUUCGGCGAGGACCAUUGGUCUGCUUUGACGCCCGAGAAGGCCCUCUUGAUUCGUGUCACGCUGGAACACUGUCACUCGAAGAAGGACGAAGCUAAGCUGGAAUCCUUAUUGCCAGUUGCGACCGCACUUUCCUUCCGCAUCGACAGUCUCUUCAAGGCAAUGCUCGAGCUCAUUGCGCACCUGCAGAAUCUUGACGAAGACGCACUUGCGGAACAGAAGAAGCUUGCUCAUCGAGGACUGCGAGCGCAGUUCAUCAUGUCUCAGCUGCUCGCAAUCGCGCUCUUCGAGGACUACGCGGACGAAAUCGGCCGCCGCAAAAUGUUCACUCUGCUGCGUGAUCUUGUCUCGCAUCCCAUGCUUCCGACCGAUUUGAUCCCUGUCUGCCUCGACGUCCUCUCGAAGCUGUCCAGCAGCGAGCGCGAUUUCAUGCAGGUCAUUGUCGAGAUCGUACAAGAGCUGCGGGACACAGACAAAGAGCAAACGAAUGAAGAGACGGACUCAGGAAGCGAUAACGACAGCAUGGCCAGCUUGACAGAAGAAGAGCUCGCCAAGAUGGCCAAAGGCAGGCAGGCGCCUGCUGUGCCAACACAGACUGGUCAAUUCGACGAAAACCCUGCACUCAUCCUUCGUUGUCUCGAAAUCAUCCGAGGGUUGCUAGAGCGCGUGAUGGGCACAAUGCGUGAUAAUCCCAUCCUCGAGGGCCUCGCUCAAGAACUCGUUGCGCCGGCUGUACGUUCAAAGCAAGCGCCUAUCCGAGCACAAGGCCUCAUCACUCUCGGUCUCUGCAGCUUGCUAGACCUGACAAUGGCACAGCGAGCAUUCGGCACGCUUGCCGGACAAGCUCGACGCAGCGAAGGCGAUCUUCAGGUCAGAUUAUAUCAAGUCAUCUUCGACAUUCUGAUGUUACAUGGGCUUGACUUCAUGGCAUCGCGCGAUGACGAGAAUCGACCGAAUUUCGAGAGCGAGCAAGUGGUGGACUUCCUCGUCGAAGCCCUGAAUCAACCUCUUGCAACGCAAGCGGCCGCGGCCAUUGGCAUCUCGAAGCUCAUGCUCGCCGGCCAUGUCACAGAUUCGAAGGUUCUGCAAGAUCUCGUGUUGAUCUACUUUGCGCCCGAGACUGCAGACAAUCAAGAGUUGCGCCAAUGUUUGGCGUAUUUCUUCCCUGUCUACUGUUAUUCCUCAUCGCACAAUCAGCGCGCGAUGCAAGAGAUCUUUGUCUCUACCCUCGACAUACUGACGGCAACCUUCGAGGAGAUAGGACCAGAGGAGGAUAUGGUCGCGCCGCUUCAGAUUGGGCUGCACUUGCUCGAGUGGACCAAUCCUGAACGUCUUAUCGAAUCUGCCAGCAAUGCUCGCGAGCCUGAAGUCCAGAUCGAUAUUGCGCUGGAGCUCCUGAAGGAAGUCUUGCAAGAUCCUGGGAAGGAAAGACGAAAGCUACUCUGCCAGCUUGUCAGCAAAAUUGUCAUCGUACCCGAAGUUUCAGCUAUAUCGCUACAAUCGCUGCAACUCCUGCUUACGGCGAUAGACCAGCAUAGACCUCUGACCGACACUGUCUCUCGCAAUUCCCUCGUUCGUAUUCAUACUGCCGCUGCGAAGCGACGACAGGACAUUGGAGAAGACGCAGUGGCUGGCGAUGCUGUCCGACUGACAGAGCUGCAGACCUUUGUUGCUGGCGUCACAGCGAGUGCAGAAGAUCAGGAAGCUGACGAGCCUACGCGCAAAAAAGCCCGUCCGAAAGCGCAUACGCUUGUGGCGACAGGCUCAUCAUCGUCGUCAUCGGACGAUGAGGUCUCUCAAUCCGCGUCGCUUGAUGCUCCCGAUCCGGCGGCGACGCCCUCGAGGCGCAGUGUCAGAGCUACGCCACGUAAGAUCAAGCGCAUCAUUGAGGACAGCGAGAGCGAGAGCGAACAAGAUUCUGUACAAGCGGACGAAUAUUAGUAAUGCAAGUUUUGAUACACGCGCUACAUCCGCUAUCCUAUAACAAGAUCCAACUUCUCUCCGUCUUCGACCUCUGUGCUGCCUAUCUCAUCUGCUGCAGGAAGGGCUUCGCCAUCGAAUAUGAGCCUGCACUGUGCGGCUUUGCUUGCAUCCUGGUGGGUGCGCUUGAGAUAGCUUCUGAUGAGUGCGCUCACCGUGUCUGUCUUCUUCAGUCGAAGCCCGAUUUCUUCAGCACCUUUGGACCUGACGGUUAGCCGCAGAUGAUUAUCCUCGUCUGCGUCUUGCUGGCUGUCUGACUGCGAAGAUAUUUCCGGUUUUGUCUGAGCUGGCGU